UAUUACUCUCAUAUCAGCAUUGAAUUCGAAUUGUAACAAAUCCUUCAACAAAGACCACCUCAUAAAACGUCAGUCUCGCCCUAGUAUCAUCCUCUCAAGAACACUUGGACCAUCCGCAUCUUCAAGACCACCCAGGCACUCAGAACAACAUGUCGAAAGCAAUUGAAGCCCGAAAGCGCCGCGUCAUGGUCCCUGCCAUCGCUGGACUCACUAUCCUCGGCUAUGGAGUCUACUACAUUGGAAACCGAUCACAAAACAACCCCAACGCAACCGGAGCCAACGGCGUGAUUGGAGCUGGAGGUGCGAGCAAAGGAAGCAUCAGCUCAUCUCUACAAGAGACAUUCGGAACAGGUGGUUCAACAGCUGGUACGACAACCGACUAUGAAACCAAGGAUACUCGUGCGAUAACCAGCAUGUCGGGUAUCUACACUAAGAAGGAGGCUGGUAAGGAGGAGGGUCGACAAUUCCGCAACCCGUUGGUGCCAAAGGGUGAGAACAAGAAGCAGGAGGAUAUUGUUGGCGUUACUGGGUCACCUGGAAAAUAA